GGGAGCCGCGGGAGCGAGCGACGCUUAGCGGGCCGCCACCGCCGAGCAGCCCUCCGGCCGUCCCCGCGCCUGUCCGCCCGCGCGUCCUCCGCGAAUCCGCGGCGGGUCCGGCGGCCGAAUGCAGCCCCGCAGCGAGCGCCCGGCCGGCAGAACGCAGAGCCCGGAGCACGGCAGCCCGGGGCCCGGGCCCGAGGCGCCGCCGCCGCCGCCACCGCCGCAGCCGCCGGCCCCCGAGGCGGAGCGCGCGCGGCCCCGGCAGGCGCGGCCCGCGGCCCCCAUGGAGGGAGCCGUGCAGCUGCUGAGCCGCGAGGGCCACAGCGUGGCCCACAACUCCAAGCGCCACUACCACGACGCCUUCGUGGCCAUGAGCCGCAUGCGCCAGCGCGGCCUCCUGUGCGACAUCGUCCUGCACGUGGCCGCCAAGGAGAUCCGCGCGCACAAAGUGGUGCUGGCCUCCUGCAGCCCGUACUUCCACGCCAUGUUCACAAAUGAGAUGAGCGAGAGUCGCCAGACCCACGUGACGCUGCACGACAUCGACCCCCAGGCCUUGGACCAGCUGGUGCAGUUUGCGUACACGGCGGAGAUCGUGGUGGGCGAGGGCAACGUGCAGACGCUGCUCCCCGCCGCCAGCCUGCUGCAGCUGAACGGGGUCCGAGACGCCUGCUGCAAGUUCCUGCUGAGUCAGCUGGACCCCUCCAACUGCCUGGGCAUCCGGGGCUUUGCCGACGCGCACUCCUGCAGCGACCUGCUCAAGGCGGCCCACAGGUACGUGCUGCAGCACUUCGUGGACGUGGCCAAGACCGAGGAGUUCAUGCUGCUGCCCCUGAAACAGGUGCUGGAACUGGUGUCCAGCGACAGCCUGAACGUGCCUUCAGAGGAGGAGGUCUAUCGCGCCGUCUUGAGCUGGGUGAAACACGACGUGGACACUCGCAGGCAGCACGUCCCACGGCUCAUGAAGUGUGUGCGGCUGCCUCUGCUGAGCCGUGACUUCCUGCUGGGCCACGUGGAUGCCGAGAGCCUGGUGAGGCACCACCCCGACUGCAAGGACCUCCUCAUCGAGGCUCUCAAGUUCCACCUGCUGCCGGAGCAGAGGGGCGUCCUGGGUACCAGCCGCACACGGCCCCGGCGCUGCGAGGGUGCCGGCCCGGUGCUCUUCGCCGUGGGCGGUGGAAGCCUGUUUGCCAUCCACGGAGACUGUGAGGCCUACGACACGCGCACCGACCGCUGGCACGUGGUGGCCUCCAUGUCCACACGCAGGGCCCGGGUGGGCGUGGCUGCUGUGGGGAACCGGCUGUACGCUGUGGGCGGCUACGACGGGACCUCGGACCUGGCUACGGUGGAGUCCUACGACCCCGUGACUAAUACGUGGCAGCCGGAGGUGUCCAUGGGCACAAGGCGAAGCUGCCUGGGGGUGGCCACCCUGCACGGGCUCCUGUACUCGGCCGGCGGCUAUGACGGGGCCUCCUGCCUGAACAGUGCUGAACGCUACGACCCCCUGACUGGAGCGUGGACGUCCGUUGCUGCCAUGAGCACCCGGAGGCGCUAUGUGCGUGUGGCCACGCUCGAUGGGAACCUGUACGCCGUGGGCGGCUACGACAGCUCGUCACACCUGGCCACUGUGGAGAAGUACGAGCCCCAGGUGAACGUGUGGUCGCCUGUGGCGUCCAUGCUGAGCCGGCGCAGCUCGGCAGGCGUGGCCGUGCUGGAGGGCGCCCUGUACGUGGCAGGCGGCAACGACGGCACCAGCUGCCUCAACUCGGUGGAGAGAUACAGCCCCAAGGCCGGCGCCUGGGAGAGCGUGGCGCCGAUGAACAUCCGCAGGAGCACACACGACCUGGUGGCCAUGGAUGGCUGGCUGUAUGCAGUCGGCGGCAACGAUGGCAGCUCCAGCCUCAACUCCAUCGAGAAGUACAACCCCAGGACCAACAAGUGGGUGGCCGCCUCCUGCAUGUUCACGCGGCGCAGCAGCGUGGGCGUGGCGGUGCUGGAGCUGCUGAACUUCCCGCCGCCGUCCUCGCCCACGCUCUCCGUGUCCUCCACCAGCCUCUGACCCAAACACCGCCAGAGGCCCGCGGCCUCCCACAUGCCUUAAGGGGGCACGGCCCCCACCAGGGACGUCCUGCGCCGUCUGUCCGCAUCUCCCGUCCGUUCCUUUUCGUCUGUGUUUGGUUGUUUAUUUAUUUACGUAUUUAUUGAGGGCUGAGCAGUGCUGCGGCCGCUCCUUCACACCGUUAGCGUCCGGUCCUCCCCUGGGUCCUCCCACCCACUCCCUGCCUGGGGGCAGCCGGGAAUGACGAGGUAGGGGCCUCAUUGGCCCGGGGCCACCGCCUGCUCAGACCCUGCAGGCCAGGAGCACGAGGUCCUGGGGCCUUCCAAGCCGCUGCAGACCCAGCUCAAGUUUUGCACACGGUUCUCACUUGCACACGGGGGUCCUGGGAAGGAUGGGGAGCCGGGUCCUGCCGGCCGUGUACCAUCUUCCCUGGAUCUUGUAGUGGGCGCGCACACGUGCACACGGACCCUACACAGCAAUACAAGCCAACUUGAACAAUAAACACAUUUCUUGGGCUCCUCAGGCCUGAGGCCGAGCAU